CUUUACUCAGAAUCGUUUUUAAUUAGCAAUGAUUUAUUGUUGAUUACAGAUAUACAUUAAAUUCCUUUCUGUAUCAUACUUUUUCAACUUCCAUCUACAACAGUGGCUGAACCCACGUGCGAAGUAUGUCUGUCUUUUUUCAUUCAACUUAAGAUGUUUACAUUGAUUAAGUGUUCAGUAACAAAUUUUAAGGGUUUUUGAUGAUCAAAAUGUGAUAUAACAGUUAUAAAAUGUAGGUAUAUCUUAAAAUAUAUUUUGGUGAAGUAUGAAAAGCCUAAUAAAUUCAUAAAAUUAAUUGCGUUUAUUAAAUUAAAAAAAUCAAACACAUUAAUAAUUGUUAACAGAUGCUCUUACUGCUAUUAUAUUAUUCUUAAUAACAAUUUUUAUUAAGUGGAAUAAUAACAGUGUGUAUCACAAUGACAAAAUAGGUACUUCAACAGUGCAUAGUCACCAUCUAACAAACAUAAAUACUAAUAAAUUAUGUUUCAUAUUAUAUUUAAAAAAGCUCUCAACAAAAUAUUAAUAACCAGCCGACCCAGUAAUGCUUUGCUAUUGUUGGAUAAUAGUGUAAAUAAUAGUUUUCUUGUCUGUUACAACCAAAUUAUCACCUAGGUAACUAUUGAAUAAACAUAAAUAAUUAUUAACAACUACCAACUAAUAAUUACUGUACCAAAAAUAUCAAAAAAAAUACUAUCUUACCCUCUUAUGUAAUGGGUAGUUAUUAUAAACAUGUAGGUAGUACAUUAUUCAGUUGUUACUUUUGAUACUCUGAGUUACAUUAUUGCAGUUUUUAUAGGGAUUUCUAAUUUGUUUGAAAUUUAAAUACAAUCCAUGUAUAAUAGAGCGAUUUCAGGCGAGAUACUAAAUGGCUUAGAUACAAACAGUGCCCAGGGGACGGAACACUCAAAUUUCGUGGCACGAAACAAAGUGACUCAUCUGAAAGCACUCUAAGUAUCAUGAUACUUGUUGAUAAUUUAGCUUUUUAUAUGUGAGAGAAGUUUCAAGGUCGAUUAAGUAGUUUUUGAGCUUAAUCAUUACAAGCAAACACACAAAAAAAAUGUUUUCCUUUUAUAUUAGUUUAGAUUAUAAUAAUAUUUUCAAUCAAAAUAUAAUUUCCAUGGUUUGGAGAAAGUAGUUUUUGAACAUAUAACUUUAAAACAAAUAAUACAAUUUAAAAACUAUAAAAAAAAAAUUAUCGUAGGUAUAAAUAAAAUAGAUUACGUUGGUAUAACAAAUUUAUUAAAAACACCGCUCACACCAUGAUUAAUAAUUGCUUAGACCUUAGCUGUCCAAGUGAAGACUUGAGAGGGUGUAUUAUUUUUUUAUAGGAAGGUAGGUGUUGUACUUUGAGUUUUUGACCCAUAUAAAUAUAUAAUUCAGUACUGUUAUUUGUAAUACAAUAAAUGUAUUAAUGUAUUAAACUAUUAUAACUUUACGAUGCCAUUUUAAAAUAAUGCGGGAGGUUGGAAAGUGACAUCCAGAUGUUAUCGCGUAUGACUCACGCGUAAUGGCUUGUUUUUGAAGUGUUUACACACACACACCGAUAAUGUUUUCUUAUCUUUUCCAAACAAAAGAGACAACCACCGGGCUCCGACUUCAUCAAUUCAUUGAGGACAGCGGAAACGUCCAAAAUUAUUUUUAUUAUUAUUACCUACAGUUAUACCUAACUACUGUUUCUAAAGCGGCGUGGAAUUAAUUUAUUACCGCUGCAAUUAUCGUCAAAACCACCGAUCGAGUCCAUUGUCGACUUCAUAUACUUAAACUUUGCAUUCAGUUACAAACAAUUUUCACAAUGAGUGACGGUAAGUAAAACAAACUUAAUAAACAUUGUUUUUGAUUUGUUUAUUGGUCAUUAGUCAUAAUUCUUAAUAUAAAUUAUGCCUAUUAUUAUUUUCAUAAUAUUUAUAGAAAAACCUGAGGCCAUCGUGUGCACAUACACUAAUGACCUGGGGAAAUCAGCAUAGUGCCUAUUGCUUACAUACGUACUGCACUUUGCAACCCAAUUAACAGUCAUAAACGGUCAAUGUAAUAAUAAUUGAUAGUCCACUUUGUUGCCUGUUAUUAUUAACUUGUUUGUGUUCUGUUAUAUGAGUUGAAAGCUAGGUACCUAGUCUGUUAUUCUUCAAAUUAUAAGUGUUGUUUUUUAUUUUAAUUAAAAUAUAUUUACUAAAGGCUAAAAUAAAAAAAAAAUUACUAUUAAAUGAAUUUAAAAUAAUUAUACUGAAACAAAGAAUUGGAUGGUGAAUUAAUCACUGAUUGUAAAUUAAUUAUUUAUUUAAUUAUAUUUUUGUACAAUUUCAUAUUUUAGCUAUACAAUGUGUUUGACAAUGUUUUAUUAAUAUUUUUUCAAAAGACUAGGUACCUAUAUACUUAUCUAUUAGUUAUAAACAUAAAACAUUAAUAUUUUUAUUUACAAAAAAAAAAAUUAAGUAUCUACCUAUAGUAAGUAUAAUAUGUUAGAUUUGUCUAUUCUAAAGUUCUUUUCUUUAUUUAUUUUAUUUCCAUAAACUAGGUAGGUGUUCAUAAUAUUUUAUUAUAUUUAAUAUAAAUUGGAGGUCAAACUUUUUAUUUGCAUACCUACUUAGUUAGGUUCAAUGAUAUAUACAACAAUUAUUUAGAAUAUUGUUUAUACACAUUUUGAAUGUCUUAAAAUUAAUUUUAUAUAUGAAAAUAAUGAAUAUAAAUUAAUAUAAAAAAAUGAAUUAUCAUAUGACAUAUUUUUGAAUGAGUAACUACUUUAAUUAAUUGCAUUAUCUACUUUAAACAAAAUUGAGUAUUUUAUAUAGCUUUUUUUAUUUUCUGGAGUGUUUUAAAAUAGUAAAAGGAAUUUUCUUUUUCAUUGUACUUUAGGCAAAAAGAUCAAGAGUUAUAAUAAUUUUAUAUUUCAGAACCAACAAAUAUGGAUCUCUCUGCAAAUUUAAAUGCACUAACCUUGGCAAAUCAUGAAUUUUCUUUUUCAUUGUAUAAUGUAAGGAUACAUUAUUUUUAUUAAAACUACAACUAAUUAGGUAUCUAUGAGUAUUCAAUAAUUAUUUUGUUUAUAGGAACUUGCCAAAAAAAAUACUGGGAAUAUAUUUUAUUCUCCAUUCAGUAUUCACUUAGUUAUGUUUAUGGCAAGUGUUGGAGCAGCUUCAGAAACGUUUGAUGAAAUGAUAAACACAAUACAUUUGAAUAAAAGUACACAUUCACUGGAAGCAUACAAGAAUUUAUUGGAAAAUUUAACAGUGCGUAUAAUAACUAACAACAUAAUACAUUGUUAGAUGCCUAUAGUUAUAAUUUAUUAAUUUUUUUAAUCCUAUAUUGUUUAUUAUUUUAUAAUUAUAAAUAAUAGUUGUAUUUGCAAUAUAAAAUUCUAAAUUGUUGAAUUUGAAAUAAUUAUUUUAAGUUCAAUAUUGUUGACUACGUAUUUACCUAUCUUAGAAAGGCUAUCUACAAUUAAAUAGGUAGCAUUGCUAAAUAUUGGCUAUUUUGUAAUUAGUUAGUAUUAAAAAUUAUAAUAGUGUAUUUUAAUAAAUUACACAAUUCAUUAUUGUACUUAUCAGUACAAAAACAUUUUAGUGUCUGAGCAAAGUCUAAAAGAUUUAUUAAAGUCAAUAUAAUUGUAUACUUGUACUGUUAUGUAUUAAUGUAUAUAUUGAUUUAUAUCUGUUAGAUUCCGAGCAUAGUGAGGGAGCUAUUAGUUUUAGAUUGCUGUUUAUUUGUUUUUUCUUUGUUCUAGUCUGUGGACACGUUUUUUCCUAGUAAAUUUACUCUGAUUUUAAUGUGUAGCAACUUUUCUGAAAGCUCAAGUUGUUUAUAUGGCACAUUAUAGAGGUCAUUUUUUGAUUUUCAACGCCAUUUUUUUAAAAAAAAGCACUUAAGUGAAAAAAAACGUAGGAAAACAUACAAUUUACAAUAUCAUUAUUUUAUAAAAACAUGGACGACUUUUUCUACCAGAAAAAAUAAUUUAAUUGAAAAAUCACAAGACACCUUUUUAGUGGCCUUUUUGAUUUUCUUUCUCUUGGUAUCAUCACCAAAACUUUUGAGCUUUUAAGAAAUUUUAAUUUUCGGUAGUUUUUUGUUAUAUUUUGGUUAUAAAUACAAGUAAAGAUUUGAAACUUAAAUCAAAUUUAAACAAAAAUCACAAAAAAAAAUACGGCACUUCAAAUUAUGUAUUACCGAACUGUGCUUGGAAUCGUCUUUCUUUAAGCAAUGAUUUAUUGUUGCUUACAGAUAUAAAUGAAAUAAUUUUAUGUGUCCUACCUUUCCAACUUCUAACUUACAACAGUGGCUGCUCCCAUCCCCAGUAUCGGUUGUUUUUUUUUUUGAACAUUCAAUAACUUGAAACUGAAUAAAAAAAACUCUAAGCAGCAAAUGUAAAAAUUUGAAACAAAUAAGUGAAAUAUUAUUUAACAAUAUUUUAGAUUAAUGAUGAUGUUCUGAAAAUUGCAACUGGCAUGUUUAUUGAUACUACUUUUAAUAUUAAACCAAGUUUUGUGGAAAAUUCCUUAAAAUAUUUAAAAUCACCAAUGGAAAAAUUGAAUUUCAAGGUUGAUCCAGAAACACAACGCCAAUUUUUAAAUGACUGGGUUUCAAGCAAAACUAAUAAUAAAAUCAAAGAUUUAUUUGCUGAAGGUUGUUAAAUUAUAUUUUAAUAUACUUUAUAUUAUGUAUUAAUUAUAUACAUGUUUUUUUUUAAAAUAUGUUUACUGGGUUACAGGCAGCAUCAAUGAGGGUACUGAUUUAAUAUUGGCAAAUGCAGUGCAUUUCAAAAGCGCUUGGAUAAAUAAAUUUACAAACACAGAAGAAGAUGCUUUUUAUUUGAAUCCAAAUUAUAAAACUAUUGUCAAAAUGAUGUUUUUAAAACAUGAUUUCAAAUACUAUCACAAUAAAAGUUUAAAAUUUGCAGCCCUUGAAUUGCCAUAUAAAGUAAAUAUCAUAAUUGUAUUUAUAUUUAUUUUUUAUAAAUUAUUCAAUAUGGGACUUAAUUUCAAUAGCAUUCUUUCAAAAUGGUGAUUUUAUUACCUGAUGAAAAAGAUGGUUUAAAGAAUCUUGAAAACAAUCUUUCAAAGAUUAAACUAAUGGACAUUUUAAACAAAAUGACUACUUAUUAUGUCAGUGUCAAAUUACCUCGUUUCAAAUUAGAGCAAACUUUUGAUCUGAAAAAUACAUUAUCAAAUGUAAGUAUAUCAAAUAAUUGAAAAUUACCAUUUUAAAAUCAAACAAAUUAUGCUAUAGCUUGGUUGCCCGAAAAUGUUUUCAAGAGAUGCAAACUUUUCUAACAUUGUUGAUGAUACUGAAUUGUAUGUGAGUAAAGUUGUCCAUAAAGCAUAUGUUGAAGUAGACGAAGAAGGAACAGAAGCAGCAGCAGCUACAGGUAAUGAAAACCGUUUUUGGUUUUUAUGUCUUAUUUUAUUAUUUUAAAGAAAAAUUGAUUAAUAUGUCCAAUUUUUGUUUGGUUUAUUAAUAAGCGCCUUUGCACCUUUUUAAUCAUAUAAAGCGUUGGGGGAUUUGUUGUUAUCAAGACAAUUUGUUACAUAACUUUAAAAUAAAGUUUUGCACGUCCUUCUUGUUAUAAUAAUACACAACAAAUGUUGUAUGGUAUUAUGUAAAAUUCAUAAUGUAUUUAUUUUAUAAUUUCUUUAUUCAGCUUAUAAAUUUAAACUUAAUAUGAAAUUAUAAUUUUUUAUUUUUAAUGUAUAUUAUUGUUUAAAAUUGUGAAGUAAAUUAAACUAUUUAAAAUAUUAUCAGGUAUGGCAAUCCGAGUGAAGAGAAGUUUAAUAAUGAAUGAACACAGAGAUUUUGUGGUUGAUCAUCCAUUUAUAUUUAAUAUUUUGAAUAAAAAUGAUAGUGUUGUUUUUAUGGGUCGUAUGACUAAAAUUGAUUCAAUAGAACAUAAUAUUUUUAAAAAAGAACUAUAAUGAACUAUUGAACCCAUUCAAAAUUGUUUUAUUGUAUUUUUUUUUUUUUAUAAAUGUCAAAUUGAAAAUAAAAUAGGUGACUGACCUAUUAAAAUUAUUUUAAAUUUUAACAAAUAUAUAAUUCAAUGCCUUAUAUAAAAGUAUUAUUUAAAGAUAACCUAGUUAAGUGCAUUACUAACUUUAUUUAGUUGUCUUUUAAAAUACUUUUUAUAAUAUAAUAAGUUCCACAAAUUCAUACUAACACAUUAUACACAUAUUUAAUUUCUUUGUAAACUAAAUUUAUCAGUAUUAUUUUAUAUGCAAUUUGUUUGCUUUAGUAUUAUUAAUAUUUAUAAAUCUACUGUAGAAAACGUAUAUUAGUAUAUUUUGUUCUAAUACAAAUGUGUUGUAUACUUAUGUUAUCAGGAAUGGUUAUGCAAACCCGAUGUUUGAUGACCCCCACAGUUUACGAUGAAGUUGAUUUUUUUGCAAAUUGUCCAUUCAUCUUCUUUAUAUUAAGCCAAAACAAUGAACUUUUAUUUUUUGGCAGAGUACAUAACUUGACUGACAAUUAAAGAAUCUCCCUUUAAUGUUAUUCGUGUACCCUAUAAAUUUUACCAGUUUUACUAGUUACCAGUUUACUUUUUAUCAGUAUUUUGAAUUUUCACACAUUUUUGAUUUUUUUUUUAUGGACACAUUUCUUUAUUAACUUAUGCAAUUUUUAAGUAACUUUAUUUUUCUUUAAAUUAGCUAAACAUUUAGGUGCUAUUAUAUUGAUACUCUCACUAAAAUAUAUUUUUUCAUUGAAAAUUAUAUAAUUAUAAUUUUAUGUUAUAUUGUGUACUAUAAGUUUAUUAUGUAUACAUUUUAAACAAGAUCAGAUUUUUCAGAUUAAUCAUAUUUUAAAUGAAAAAUAAUUUUUAUAUUAUUUAAUUUUAAGUUAGAACUUACAUUACAUUAAAAUAUUUUAAAUUACAUUUGCGUGUCAAAACUAUUUUUAACACAAAAUGUACAAAUGCACAAUGCUAUAUUAAGUUUAAUGGUUUUCUUUUGUGUAUUAUAAAAGUUUAGCUCUGUUUUUUAUUUAUUAAUUUUAUACACCAAGGGUUCUCAACCUUUGGUGUGAAAAAAUUUCAAGAAGGCAUGAAAACCACAAAAAAUGAAAACUUUAGUAACCAACAUUAAAGUAUGUUAUGAAUUUAUGACAUAUAAAUAUUAAACACACUUCAAUUGUAUAGUAGUGAGGGCGGAGGCAUGAACUCUUACAAUAGUUUAAAGGGGGUGUGAAUUUUUAAAGGUUGAGAACCCUUAUUUUAUACUGUAUUAGAAAGUUUGAAAGACAAUAAUAACAAAAACCUUACUAUAUUCAGUUGUACAACUAAAAAUAACUAUUUAUCAUAAUAUUUUAAUAAUAAGUUCACAGAUAUUUGAUAUAAAUUUAUUUUAAAAAGCUUUAUUUUAAGUUUCAAUAAAAGUUUUCAGUACUAAUCAGUCUUUUUUUUGUUCAAUAAGUUCUUUAUUGAAUGACACAUUUUUAAUAUUCGCAAGAACUUUUCUAUUGUUCUCAGUCUAAUUACCGAGCAACACGCAAAAACAAUGCUUAUGCUAAGUAAAACAAACUUAAUUUUGAUUUUAGAGUAUAAGUACCUAUUAUGAAAGUCAUAAGAGAAGAAUAUUUUAAAGGGAAUUUUAUUGAUUUUUGUAUUAUUUCAAAUAAAAAACUCAAUAUAAAAAGCACAAUAACUCUUUUUUAGUUUCUUAAAUAACGUAACUAUUUGAAUAGUUCAUAAUUCAAAAAAAAAGUUAUGAUAUUCCUUUUAUAAUAUUUUUCUCUAUACAUUUUAUAAUAGGUAUUUUUAUUUUAAAAUCAAAAUUAAGUUAGUUUUACUUAGUUUGUGUAAGCAUUGUUUUUGAAUGUUGCUGUGGAGUAGAUGCGAGUGUGGUGUCUUCUUAAUGCUUCCUAUUUUCUGUUAAUCUAAUAGGGUGAAGUCGCCAUCUAUGGCCAGUAUCCCUCGUAUGUCACUAUGGUUACCAAUUUUUUAUUUUAUUUGUAAAUAGUGUAAUCUGAUAAGCUAUUUGGUUGUUAUUGUUGUAUUUAUUUCCAUUAAAUAAUAUACUGUUUAAACUUAAAAUAGUACCAAAUAAUAAAUAUCAAAAUAUUACAAAAAUAGUUGACAACACAAAUGCCCAUAGACCGAGAAUAUACAAUUUAAAAUACUAAUAUUAAUUUAUCAUUACAUAAUGUUCAUAAAACUUUGAUAUUUAAAUUAAGUAUUGGUAAACGUAUAAUGUAUUUAUGUUUAGUUUUGAAUUUUCUUUAAUAAUCGUAGAUAGAUUAAAUCAAAUAAUAUUAGAAAACAAUUCUUAAGAUAGCUAUAGGUUGAGACCCUACUCUACUGUAAAUAACAUUAUAUUUAUUUUUUAAUUUUUAUUUAUUUACUUAUUUAAUGGGACCAAUAACAAAGUUUAUUUAUAAUGUAUAAUUUGAUAACAAUAAUAAUUAAAAAGAUACAGGGUAAAGGACAGUUUUGAAUAUUGGGUAGAUUUGAAUAAUUUUACUAAUAUAUUUUGUUAUCGGCUACUUAAAUUAAUACAUAAAAUAAUUUAAAGUAAUUACUAGGGCACAGAUUGAUAUGUACUUAAAAUUCUCAAAAAAUGUUUAAAAACAUCAAAAAAGCUCUACAAAAUUAUUUAAAAGAACAAUAAAGGUACUGCAGUUUAAUAGUGUUAAACUUCUAUUGUUUCUAACAUAUCAAAAAUAAUUUUUUAACACUAAAAAAAAAUAUUAUUUUAAAUAAAUUUGUAUGUGUUAUUAAAAAUAAAAUGUUUUGUGUUAAUCUUUUGUCUGUAUUAGAAAAAUGCGUUUAAUGGGAUGAAAACCGCCAGAGUGGGACUUUAGAAUUCAUCUACCAUUUCUGCUUUUUUAAAUAUUUUUAAGUGCUUUUUUGAUGAUUUCAGUAAUUUUUUUAUGGAUUUUAAGUGCAUAUAAAUCCAUGCCUUAGUGAUCAUACUUUUUUUAUUAUUUGUUGUGUAAUUAGGUAUUUUCAAACAAUUAUCCUUUUUAACUACUUAAAGGGUUAAAUUUUGGAUAAUAAUUUCUUAGUAGGUUUCGACUUCAUAAAAAAAAACUACUCAUCAAUUUUCAUCCUUAUAGCUUCUGGCUAGAUGAUGAUGAAAAAAUGAAAAUUAAUAAUUCAAAAAAGCUGUCCUACGAUAAUAGGAACAGGUGCAGCCACUGUUGUGGGGAGGGGAAGUUGAGAAGGUAGGAUAUAGACGAGAAUUUAAUGCAUAUCUGUAAGCAAUGAUUAACCAUUGUUAACGAAAAAAACAAUUCUGGAGUUUGGUUGAUAGUACUACUUUGUUAACAACAUACAAUGUAUCCCACCAUGUUUGACAAUUUUUUCUAGCGUUAUUAAUAUUAAAUUUUUUUCUAUUCUUUUUAUUUUUGAAUCGGUUAGGUUAGGUUAUUUUCAGGGGGUACAUAGAUUUAGAGAAAAACGAAAUUUUUGUUUUCAUUCCCUAAACACAGUAAAAAAUAACUUUAUUGGUCUUUAGAAAAUUUCCAAAAUAGCCAUUUUAUAAGAAAUAUUAUUUUUAAAAUUUGAAUGUAUCAUACACUCAUAUCUGAUGAUUAUUUUUUUAAUUAUAGCUGCUUUAAUUUCUAUAAAAUAUGCAUGAAAUCAAAUAAUUAAUAAAAUAACAUGAUAUACGAUUAGAAAUCACAAUCAGCACGGUAAUUCUUUACCUUCUAUUGGAAAAAAAAAGGAAUCGAAAAAAAUGUAAUAUUAACAGCACUAGAAAAAUUUGUCAAACACAGUGGAACACACUGUAUAUGUCAUAUUUUGAUAAAAUAAUUACAUAUGUAUUAGCCAUUUUCUUUAGUAAUUUUUGUUUAAUAUUGUUCCUAUAUUCCCGUUCUCUCAGUUUUCCCAAGUUUUUCCUGGUUUUCCCAUUUAUUAAGAAAACUCAUGGGAAAAUCAAAUGAUGACCUUCCUAAAGUUUCUACCUAGUCAGAUUUUGUUUCAAAAAAAGUGUCGUAAUAUUUUUUUACUAAUAUCUAAAUUUCCUAUUUAUUCGGAAAACUCCAAGGAAAAUCAAAAAAUUACUUUCCUAAUGUACCUCCUCAGUCAGAUAAUCUUUAAAAAAAAAUUCUAUCAUUGUAAAUUGAAUCAAAAUUACUGGUAUAAAAAUUGUCCACAGAAAAAAAAAAAUUAAACAUCAUUGUAAAACCAUAAACUUCUUUGGUUCACUCAGAAUCUAAAAAAAAUAAGAGUCAAAAAUUAAUUUUAAUUAAAUAAUUGUUUAUUUAUAAGUAAUUAAGUAUACUGGCAUAUAACAAAUCCUGAUGAAGAUAUGUGAUAUAUGUGGUACCUACCUAAUAAAAACUAAUAAUUUCUUAGUUGUUGUCAUAAUCUCCAAUAAUGUUUUUUAUAAUAAUAUUAUUUUAUUAUUAUUACCAGUACUAAUCUGGUUCUAAUAAAUGUUAGAAAAAAAAAAAUAUAUAGGCCAACAUGAUAAAUAUAUUUUUUGUUUUAUUCAAAUUAUUUCAAAAAGAUGUUAAGGUAUAAACACUGAAGACUUUUAAUUAGUAAUCGUAUACUUAAACUCACUAUAUUUAGUAAACAAAUUUAUUACAAUAAAUAACAACACUAUAUAUAAAUAAUUAAUUCUUAUUUCAAUUUAAUAAACCUGAAUUAAUCCAACUAUUUAUUUUGAAAAAUAAGUUUCCCAUCACUGGACUUUUACAUGAUUGUGUUCAACAGGCCUAUCUGUGUCCAACAAAUUCACUAUUCCAAGGACACAAAAUAGAAGUAUCUUCAUAGCUGAUCAUCCAUUCAUUUUUACUAUUUUAACGACUUUUAACAAUUCUAUUGUAUUUAUUGGCAGAGUUGUAACACUGUGAUAAUGGUAGGAUUUAUUAUCAUAUAUCUUUAACUUAAUAAUUAACCUACAUUUAAAAUUAACACUGUAUAACAUUAUUGUACUUUAAGAAUUAUCUAUGUAAAAUAACAAACACAAAGCAGAAUAUUAUUUUAGUGAUAUUUAAUUUUAUUAAAAAUAAUCUGUUGUGUGUAGGUGUUCAAGUUUUACCUACAUAUAUUAUUCUAAUGUAUACAAACUGUGCAUCCAAAACUGAUCUUUAAUUUCUGUCAUUUCUGUAGGUAUUUGUUAGGAAUUAUUUCUUUAUGUGCUCAUUCAAUUUUUCAAAAUAGAAAAUCUGUUAUAAAUGUAUACCACCACAGCCAUAUGUACAAUAAUUAAUUUUGUAUUACUAAAAUCAAUGGUACAUUUCACUGCCGAACAUCUUUUUAUUUUUACAAUAGUUUCUUAUACACGACAAUAUUUUGUUGAUAGGCCAUUUAUCAACCCCAUGAAUUAUAUUUUCAUCAAUUUAACUUGGGUACUUACAUAUCCAUAUAAGUAAUUUAUUAAUAUUUAAUAAAGUAGGAACACAACACAUUCAAUUAUACAGAAUGGUUCUUUGAAUACAAUAACAAUUAAUUAUUACUUAAAAUAAAGACUGUAAAUUGUAAUCUACGUUCCAGUGGUUGAAAUAUUUUUGGCUUUAUAUUAAUAUCUGUAUUUUAAUAUAUACCAUGUUUUAUAUACCUAGUUUUUGUGCUAACACCAGGACCAUAUUUACAAAUUUGGUGACCUAUAAAAUUCCUUACCUUUUUAGAGGAGAGGGAAAGGGUAAAGGAUCUAGUGUUAAACAAAUAAAAAUUAUAAAAACCUUACUAUGUAUUGUUUAUAAAUUUAAAAAAAUUUCUACCAAAUCAUAAUAUAUUUAAAAAAAAAAAAUAAACUAUAUCAUUAUAAUUAUGGUCUGUCUAAUAAAUAAAAUAAAAGUUCAUAUAUAUAUAUAUACCAUGCCCAAAAUUCCACCAGAAUGAGCAAUUUCUCCUCUCUCAGCCUUAUAAAUACAUAGAUGAAAUACAUUCAACAGUCACUACAUUGAUUUGUGAUAUUAUUUUUUAUUGUUAGGUAGGUACAAAUACUUAUUAUAUCAUAUAUUCACAUAGAUACUUACAAUCUGCAUAUUAUUACUAUUUUUGUUUUGAUAACAAUAACUAACUAUAUUUUAUAUCUAAUUUGUGUACAGGAAUGAUCAUGUCAUUAAUGAGUGGUAGAAUACCAAAUGUUAAGCGAAUAAUUUCAUUUGAAGCUGAUCAUCCGUUCAUCGUAACCAUAAUAACUCCUACAAAUCAGAUAUUGUUCCUGGGACGUUUGUCGAAACCUAAAUCUAUACUAUAAUUUCAGAAUUUAUUUAUUAUGCUUUAUUUAUAUUGUAUACCUACUUUAAUAUACCUAUAUAUAAAUAUAAUUAUAAAAAUUAAUUAAAUUAGAUUAAUUACAAAUAGGUAUUUAUGGCUAUAACAGUGGUUCUCAAUUAGUGUGAAGCCACAGACCCCUAUCUAAAACUUAAAUUGUUCCUUAUUUGUGAAUACUUACUUUUAAUUUUACAUAAGUACUUUUUUGUAAUAAUAUAAACAAAGAUUUUCUCAAAAAAUACAAAUAUAGGGAUUUAUUUGAUUUAACAUUUGACUUUUUACCUUGAAUUACCUUUUGUUACUUAAUUAUGGACUACUUAAAUUAGUUAUUGCAUUGAUUUUCGAACUUUAUGAGACGAGUGAAACCUUUAUUUUUUGUUCAUAAUCUCAUCAAAGUUCGGUUGCAUGCCUGAUAUUUUCACUCUUAAAUCAUCAUUAAUAUUAAAUCUAUUACAAUAUUUGUUUUUUUGCAGUAGUAGAUGGAAAAAGCUUGUUCAUAUGUUAAGCAAAAGGGGAUUAAAUAUCUUAAAGUUUUUUCGGCCAGUUGCUUUUGAUCAAUUUGAACAGUUAUAUUUAUAAUCAAUUGAUUAUCUACCUUUUUCUUUUCGCAAUAAUCGAGUUUCAAUAGUGAUAGUCCAAAAAUAUCUGGAAUUUCAAAUGACUACGAAUUAAAUAAUUUGUAUAGAAUAAAAUAAAAAAAAUCACUACAGUACUACCAUGAAUAUUGGAGUACUUUAAUGUUCAUAAGUACUACACAACCGCGGACCAUUAAUUGGGAACCACUGGGCUAUACUAACUACUUUUUUUAAUAAAAUUAUUAUGCUUGAACAAAUUAUGUGUAUUGUAUUUUGUAUACGCUUUUAAAUUUGUAUAUUACAAUAAAAUAUGCUAUAUACCGAAU